UAAUUAUUUGAAAAACAAUAAUCGCAAUUAUUGCUAUAGUACAAUAUUAAUCGUGUGAUACAUAAAUUGAAAAAAAAAAAAAAAAUAAUAACUAAUCUAACAUUUUAAGAAGAACUGAAACAAUCAAUUGUAUCUGAGUUUCAGUUAUUUAAGAUGGAAAACUACAUUUAUCUCUUUGGACUAUUGUUAACAGCUGUUUGUUCUUUAAGUUUAGAAUUAAAUAAAUUUCCUUUAAAAUUGGAGCUGCAAAAUGUGAAUAUAAUAUUCAGGCAUGGAGAUCGUACACCAGAAAAAUUUCGCGGCGAAAUGUAUCCUACUGAUCCAAAUAUAAACAACACAUUUUAUCCAAUGGGUUACGGAGGUUUGACAAAUAAUGGAAAAUUACGAGCAUAUUCAUUGGGUCAAUUUCUUCGUGAAAAAUAUGACAACUUUCUUGGCGAUAUUUAUUUGCCUGAAGAUAUUAUGGCAAGAAGUACAAAUUUUGAUAGAACAAAAAUGUCACUACUCGCUGUUCUUGCGGCAUUAUAUCCUCCAAAUAAAAUUCAAAAAUGGUAUCAAACACUUAAUUGGCAGCCAAUUCCAAUAGAUUAUGAAAAUCCAAAACAAGAUUCAUUGCUAAUGCCUACAGGUUGUCCUAGAUUUAAGGCUAUGGAAAGAGAAAUUCGUCAACUACCGGAAGUAUUAAAAAAAUCAUUAGAAUUUAAAGAACUAUUGAGAAAAUUGACACACUGGUCAGGAAACAAUAUGACACACUGCAAAUCAAUAUACAAUUUAUACAAUACACUUGUUGUGGAGAAAACAAUGAAUCUUAAAAUUCCACAAUGGGCUGAUGAUAUAUUGGCUAAUGGAGAAUUAGAAAAAGGAGUGGCAUUUCAUAUUCAAUUGAAAAAUUAUAAUACAACACUACGAAAAUUCAAUGGUGGACGGCUUUUGCGAAAAAUGACAAAUAAUAUGAUUUCACGAAUAGAUGGAAAUUUAGAGAAAGGAAAAAAAAUGAAUCUCUACAGUGCUCAUGAUAUUAAUGUGAUUGCGCAUCUUCUUACUCUAGGAGUUUCAGAAGCACAUCAGCCAUUUUUUACAAGUGCAGUAAUAUUAGAAUUAUAUCGUGAUUUCAAUAACAAUUAUCACGUACAGGUUCUAUAUUAUAAAGGUGACUCAAAAAAAGCAGAAAUUAUGACAAUACCAAAUUGUACAUCAACUAUUGAUAAUAUGUGUGAAUUUAAUCAAUUUUGUGAUUUAAUGAAUACUACAACGCCAAGCAGUGAGGAAUUACUAUGUACAUAGUAAAGAUUCUAAAUUACAAUUUAUUUCAAAAAAAUAAUAAAAAAUCAUUGUUUCUUCUUUUAUACUUACAAAUUUUAUUAAGUAUUUAUAAAUUCUUGUCAAAAAAAUUAAUUAUUUCUCAAUAAUAAAUGUAUCGUUUUUUUUAAAUA